AGGCAGUGGAUGGGCAGGCCCAUGACUUCUCUGAGCUCUCAGCUCUACAGGGCCAUGCUCCUGACAGCCAUCCUGCUGCUGCUGCAGGUGAAAGGGGUGAAGUCUCAGAAGGGGACCCCAGACAUCAAGGAGAGGAGCCAGAAAGACGAAACACCCUCCACAGGCCAGGAUCAAGAGCAGUUUGAAGAGCAUUUUAUGGCCUCCUCAGUGGGGGAGAUGUGGGAGUUGCUGGACAUGGCACAGCAAGAGGAGGAUGAGACAUCAGAGACGGCAGCUGUCCGUGACCACCUUUUUGACCUAGCCUUCUGCUUUAAUCUGGCAAGCAUCAUGGUUUUUUUAUGA